GUAGUGGACCCGUGCUUCUGAACGAUCGGUCUCGAAGAUCUCGAGAGGUUCUGAUGAAGUUAGUGUCGGUAUCAAAGAUCUCGAUGAAUUCGGUAUGUCUAUCGUUGCCUACACACCUUUCGACUCAUCUACCGCUCAUCUCCCCGCCCCACGUCCUCUUCUGCCUUAUUUAGAAAGUAGCUGAAUAUCAAUAUUGUUGGCGUGGUUUUACUCAGGUCGUGAUGAUGAAUUGAUAUGAUUACAGGUGACUCCUCUAAAUAUAUAUUAUCGACUGUGCUGCCUAGCACUAGCUUGUCUAGAAGCAUUUUCAGUUUCAGAUCUCGUCUCUACGCUUAUCAAGAGAGGUGGCAACAGGGACAUAUGCAUGCAUCUAAAUGUUAUCGAAGUUCUAUAGUUGACGUCACGCCGCUAAGUCUACUCUGUCUAACACUUGCUCAGGCUUAUUUUUAUAGUUGGCGUCAUUUCACUUUCUCGAGGAUUUAAGUUGAUGUCUCGAUUUCUCACCUUACAACCUAUCGAUAUUAUCCUGACCUUAGAUUCAAAGUUUGGUUUGAUGUCAUCAUCAAAAUUCGUCUAACUCCAAAGUAAGUAGUGUGCUGAUAUUGAAUGAAAGAAAGAUGAGAGGUGAAUCCAGAAGGCACCUCCAGGAUUUCAGUUCUUCGUAUUCAGUUUUUAGUACUUUGUUUUCAGUUCUUCAUCGUAGUACUAUUCGUAUGCAGUAGUUCUUCGUAUUGGUAUUGUGUCUUGUCUUGUGACUAGCAUUUCCGGACGCGAACAAGAUGUCGGCGAAUGAGGAGACCCACCUGUUGCAGCAAAGUCCUGGAGGACAGCAAACUACAGAAAGUUCGGGAGCGUUAUGUCCAUCUCAUUGUGUUGUAGAAAGUUAGAAGUUUUAAAAUAAAGAUCUUUGUUUACUACCUACAGAUCCCGCGUCCACGCCCUAAAGUGCAAGGGGAAGAGAAACGGCGCAUACUUAAUUAAAGAAAGUAAAUCAGUUUUUAGACUCAAUUUUUGUGUUAUGCAACCUCCUUGAAGUUGAAUACCAAUUUGAUAGGUUUGGGUUAAUAGGUACACUACUUCAACAUCUACUAGUACUAAGCAAAUCCGGGAGUCUCAGCGGACUCGUCAGUCCGUCAAUCAAUUUUACCUUUGUAGCUGCAGCAACAACCUCCUUCUGUCGUUGUAGCUACGAACGUGGAACAAUAUAUUUCACUUGUUGUACUAGCUAGCAGUAGAAGAACAUAUGAACAUUCGACUUUUACUCACAAAUCUAAUAUGAAAAUUGUACCAGCACUGAUCUUGUAGCUGGUACAAGUACCACUAUAUUAUAGUAUACAUAGAUCUUCAUUAUUUUUGCGUUGAGAAAUAUCAUGAUUUGAGAUGCACUGAUAGUAACAUUGAGUAGAAACCCGAUUUUCAUAGUCGGAUCAAGACGAGUUCAGAUGGGGACAGGAUCCGAAUGUGGAUAUCAUGGUCACCGAGGAUCUGGAGGCGGAUCUGCGCAAAGGCUUUGCUCGAAAAACGUUCGGUCUGACUGGCGCAAUGCUCGUUGUCUGGGCAAUCAUCAUGUUUUCGUCCAAGUUUCGGAUGUGUUCUGCUCUCGGUGCGGCAGCGCAAGACCCCAACUCUAUCCUCUCGCUCCAUGAAUCCAAUAAUUAUGGUUGAUAAUCUAAAUUUCUGCUCUGUCUCUUGGUCUUGACUAAAAGUCUAGUUACAUACUUGAUGUAUCAAAUCAAUUUCAUCCGUUUUUCUGUCAUCUACUUCAUCUGCACGACCAUUAUUAUUUAUUAGAUUUGUUUCCUUUUUUCUGGUUUUGGAUGGUUUUUUUCUACAGAGGUGCCACACGACCACUGUCAUGGAAUACUCAUGCUAAGCCCACCCCGGCAACGGAAAUAUUACUCCUAGCUACAACUACUACUUGACCACGUGGUGGUCCUCGUGGGGCCCUUCUAUGAAUGUAUUAUGUUCAUAAUUCUAAAACCUGAACGGGAAAGAAUCCCUCUCGAAGCAAACCGCAGACGAUCACAAAAAAUAUAUCAUGGGUUACCAGAAUCUCUGCGUCACCGGUUUUGUGCAGAUGAAAGAAAAUGGCGCUGGGGGCGAGAUGACUCCAGAUAUUCCUGACGACGAGAGACUCCUGAACGUGCAUGUGUACUUACUAUGUGAACUAUAAGAAUUAAUAUAUGAUUAUAGUAUUAUACACUAACCCACUAGUAGCUACAUAAGAGGUACUAUCAUGACAUGACAUGAUUAUUUUUAUUGAAGAUAUGAUAGGUAUUUUUACUAAACGUAAACUUAUUCGAAACUACAAAGAAAGCCAUGUUCUUGUUUGUUGUGAUACCGCGCUAGUUGUGAGCAGGUCGACGAGGUGGCGAACAACAAACUUUCUUGAGUAUAAGAAUAUCUAUGGCGUUAUGUUCAAUAUUUCUUCGCAAGGAACAAGUAGAGCUACAAAAGAACAACGAUGAAAGAAUGAAUUUCAUCAAUACCCCCACAACUCCAGGGCGUUGUUUCUCGUGGCCAUCCAGCAUUUGUUUAUCGCGGGGAUCGUUGCGUUUGUAGGAGUUUGCUUUGCUAUACCAAUUCUUUUUAUGGGUAACUUCAACUGAUCCUUUGGAACAUCUUCAUAUUACUUAAUAUAUAUAAUGACCAUGAACAAAGUUCAACUUCAAAGAAUAAGAUGCUGCAAAGAAUAGGAUGCUGCUUUUUCCUCUCGAUAGCUCUAAUAGCUGCACAAUAUUCUGCUGUGGGCCCUGCUAUGGAGACGAUCAAAGAUUAACGCCUAAACCACUAAGCCAACUGCGCAGUUGGCUUAGUGGUUUAGUGGUAUGGGCGUUGACCUGUACACCUAUCAUUCACCACCAUCGACGACUGUUUGAUACUAUCUUAAUCUCUCAUCUACUUGAUAUUCCGCAUUUGCAGAAAGAUCAAUGAAUCAUGGACUUUUCUGGAGCACUUUAUUAACCACAUGAUAAUCGAACCUAUUUCUUGUCCUUAGCGCCGCGGAUACCGUUAGCAGGUGACAAAGACAAGAACAAAAGAAAGUACUUAUACAAGAGCUGAAAGUGCAAUAUUGUCUCUUAGGUAGUCUUAUAGGAAUUGCGACAGGGACAGAGACACACACAUGGCAUGAAAGUGCGUGUGAACCUGGACGCAUGGCUACACUUCUAACUUCCCUGUGGUGUCGGGGCCGUGAGGAAAGCACCUUUAUCCUACAUUCUGUGCUUCGGACUGGCAGCCUCAUACUUAUGGACGCCAACACCAGUCUCAUUUCAUCGUUGUAUCUUCAAUGGGUUACAACCUUGCUAGUACUUAGUGAGAAAUUGAAAUACUUUUUGUCGUCCUUCAUUGCUGUUUCUCCACAGGAGAAUUAAUUUGAGCACCAGGGAAAAAGCCUAAAUCCGCUUAUAAGCUAUGCAGAAUAUCUUGUUACCCACUCGGCAGGUCUUGGGCUGAAUGAUGAAAGGCUUCACCCUCUAACCUCAGGCAUGAUCUUUCAGGUACUGUCUCUUGUCAUGACCGGUGAAACGAUUUUUGCGGCGAUGAUAUUUGCUGCGCGUUCCCCAAUAGAAACUACAAGCAAGGAAUUGGGUCUGCUGCGCUGCUCGCAUCCUAUUUGCUCUAUUCUUCUUGCACUAGAAGCAGAGGGUCGUCGAACAAAAUAAGUCAGCAGCUUAUGAAUUCUCUUCAUUUUUCUAGAGAUCGAUGUUGAAACUUCUGGUACGAUCUCAGAUUCCACUACUCCCUGAUGAAAGUAAAAAGACCUUCAACAAUAUGCAUCUUACCAAGAAGAUGCGACACCUUUUGAUUACAGGUACACUGUGAAUGACCCACGACUCAACUGACCUUAUUCUCGACCACUCUCGCUUCGUGCGCGAAGCCCUCCCACCUCCACCUUUAUUUGCACUUAAAUAAUAUGAAUAUGUAUAUGAUCACACCAGGCGGUCAUCCUGCUUUCCGACGCUACUGA